GGAAGAUGAGCGUCGUUCAGCUUCAUCAACUUCCACUCCUUCAUCUGAACAAGGCGUUAAAACUCCAAUGAGGACAACAUCCCCUUCUUCGCUUAACGCCAGAAACGAAGAAAGUGCAUCUUCCGGUGUCUCGUCCUCCGCAGAGGUAGAAGUAGAUCCUGGGUUUCCAAGACGCUUCUCCUCAUCGAAAAAAAGUACUCUUGCUCUUUAUUCUCCCAAGAAUGAAGAAAAUCACCUUAUCAACAUUUACGAAAACGACAAUGAGAACUACAACAACGAGGGGAGCAGGUCUCUGACUCUCUCUCGACGCACUUCGUCAUCGUCUUCUAGUAGGGAAACUGCUUACGAGCAUCAAGAGAAUCCCUGGCGUACCGAAAUGGAAGCUAUGAGGUUGCAUCUGCAAACUCUGAUCCGUAUCGCAUCAGCAGAACAGGAUUCAACUAUGGAUGAAGAUGGGUCUUUCCAUCUUUCAGUAGACCAUCUAGGCUGCCCCUUUUCAUCGUCCCCUUAAAACUGUAUACUUAGCUUAUAUAGCUUACGGGGGGCCUCGAUGCUCUGGCUAGGUAGAAGAUGGAAAAAACAUCGGUCAUAUCAACUCUAGGAGGCUCAGGAGGAAUGAACCCUCUAGGUGGCAUGUAUGACGAUUACGGGCCUGGAGGCAUGUUUGGGCGAGAGGAGCUCCUGUAUGGUGGUAGAGGUGGAUUGGAGAUUAAGGCAAGUUGAAGACGCAGCCUUCGUAGUAUCUAGCCAGCCAGCUAGAUAAGGCGACUAUCAUAUAAGAAACGGCAAUUUCGCGAAGAGAUACCGAAAAAACUUAUAGAAGGGGAAAGUCAGCAGCACCAUUUUGUCUAGGUACCCGUCUCGUCUAUCUCUUCUAGAUCUAGGUCUUGCUUCUCUUCUAGCUCUAACCUCAGCCUCUAUGGCGGUUAUCCCUUCGCUAGCGGAGCGGGUGCUGGGCGUUCCUCUGGCCGUGUCAUCAUGCAGCACACUGGCGAUAUGUUGUGCCGUUCACCCCAGUGUUCGCGUAACUUUAAGGCUGAGGUGAAGUAGUUUACUUAGAUGAAAAAAAGAAGAAUAAUGCCGAAAAAUCCGGAUGAUCCCUCAGCCUCAACAUGUACCCAAGGAAAUACGAGGGGAUCCCUCAACAGAAGUGAGUAUGCAUCCCAAUACUCAAGGGAGAUACUUCUGAGGCACAUUCUUGGGGGAUCCCUACAGGGAUAUGAAGAAGUGCGAGAGGCUCGUCUAAUAACUGGCCUCUCUGUCGCCGCACCCACAGUUGUUGCAGCGAUCUCAUGUUCGUGAUGCUCUCCGACGUUUGUGAGCUCUUAGAACGACUACGCAUACCGUAUGUGCUGUUGUACGGCACCUUGCUCGGAGCAGUCCGCGACGGCGACAUCAUACCGCACACGCAAGACAUGGACUUGGUCGUGGACAAGAGGUACUGGGAACUCUUUGCCCAUGCCUUGCAUUCACCCGAUACGUUAGACACCUUCAUUGCAAGAAAGCCAGACUUGGCAAAACUAGUACAAGCGCGCAUCACUGCAGAAAAGCAUGAAGAAGAAGAAGAAGCUCAAUCACUACAACAACGUGUUGCUUCUAGCGCAAGUUCUACUUCGAGUGGAGGUGAGGAGACAGCUAGGUCUGAAGGAAAGCACAAAAGAACACCACCUUCUAGCGCGACAGUUGAUGACGAUAUGUUAGAUGGUGCUGUGGAUGAGGAAGGCCUGGAUGGGGAUUCUUGGGGUACUAGAAAAGGAACAGCUGCGGAGCAAAUGCUGGUUUUCGCUCAACAAGGACAACCUGGCGAAAGUCGUGAUACGAUAUUUCAUCGAAACGAGAAGGAUCUUGUCAAUUAUUCUCUCAUUUCACCACUAGAUGACUCUUCAUUGUACCAUCAACAAAGACAAACAAGAAGAAAGAUGACCACUUCUGCUUCUACAUCUCCCAUGACAAAACGACAAUGGCGUAAGUGGUUUGUUUCCCAAGGACUUAGCUCUAUUGGGGGGAAUGCUGCUGGGCGCCGCUACAAUUUCGGAGUAGACCAAUGGGAGUCGAAAGUAGCGAGAGUUUGUGCCGAUUACUUAAGGCCCAGGAUGAGCUGGUUAUUUUUCCCUCAUGCAUACGAUAAUUCUAGUAACUAGGUUAAUCCCUUCAUCCAAAAUACGAUAAUUCUUUCAUCUCUUUCUCCAAAUAAGAUUCAUUGACUUUCGUUUCAAUCCAUUGCCGACAGAUGCUAUUAACUAGGAACUUAUAUUUAUGAUAAAUAUUGAGAAUAAGAAAACGAGCUUAAUACUCCGAUUGAAAAUGAAUUGCCUUCCCUCAGUCAUAGGUGACAACUGUGUCUGUGAGCUCCUUCUAAACUUCCCUGGUUUUGCUUCCACGCAGUUUAAGCCGAGCAGCGAAGUGAAAAGCGAUCCGCUGAAUAACCUGGAUAUGUUUGGUUCGAGUGGCCGAGUCACCGAGAUCGAACGAGGUGUUGAUUAUCAUCUUUUAUGGCUUGGUAGUUUGGUGUCGUGUACUCCUUGGGGCGAUUUGCCGGAGCUGAACGGUCACAUCUUGUGACUGUGACGUCGAGGCACUCUACUCUAUCCUAGACGUAACUUUAAGGUACUUUGACAACGAACUGAAAUUUCUAACUUCGGAUUUUUACGACGUUUCAUGGUGGGUUUUUGCGGACUUGAUGUUGGCCGAUUGCGCUUCUCCUAUGAGUGGUGGGACUUCUCUCACCAACAUUCGCGGACGACCGUUUUCAGUACCCCUAAGACCGCGUGCUUGCGUCGAGAAGCUUUACGGUGCUGACUGGCGAAAGGAACGGAGAGGGCUGAAUGGAGUGAACUGAGGAAAUGGGAUGGAACUUCCUACACGAAACAAGAGGACUGUACAACGACACAAACGAGUCAGCGUGAAGACAGCGUGAAGAAUAUUGAUGAUAGAGAGAAACGGAAAACGGAGAGGUGAAAUCAAUCACGGGCCGAUUUCGCAUUUUUAGAUGGAUGAAUAUAUAACGAUGCAUUGAUUGGAAUGUUCUUGUCAGCGCACGGCACAUCCAUACACAUAACGAUAGAGCAUAGCGAUAGAGAUAAUAUUUUAUAAUAAGAGAACUCUUACCCGAGCUAGCAUGAUUUACCUGCAGUACUUCGAACCAAAUCCAAACAGAAAACAAAAGACCUCUCUAUGCUCCGCUGUUGUUCUUUACAUAAGAAUGAAUGAAAUAUGUGAUAGUCACUCAAUUCCAUUCUCAAUUCUUGUUGAGACAAUUCGCAAAGAAAACAAGCGGACGAAUGAAGACGCAAAGUUAAUUACCAAGUCAGCACGUGUUAAAUAUGCUACGGCACUUUCUCAGAAAGCAGGUAUAAUGAGAGUCCAUGGCAAGACGUUGUUCUAGAG